UUAAAGUUUGUAUUAAUUUUUUAUUAUGUUUGGUGUUGUUACAGGGGAAUUGAAGAAAUGCUAACCGGUCCAACCGGUUUACACCACCAAGACCAGAAGAUAUUUUAUAAAAACAAAGAGAGAGUUUCAAAGGAGUUUCUUGACGUUGUAGGAGUCAAAGAUAAAUCAAAGUUAGUGUUAAUGGAAGAUCCUAUUAGUAAAGAGAAAAGGUACUUAGAAAUGAGAAAGAAUGUGACUAUGGAAAAAGCUUCAAAAUCUAUUUCAGAAAUUAGUUUGGAUGUAGAUAGGCUUGCAGGACAGGUGUCUGCUCUUGAAACAAUAAUUAAUAAAGGUGGGAAAGUUGUAGAGGCUGAUUUGCUUAAAUUGAUUGAGAAGUUGAUGAAUCAAUUGCUUAGAUUGGAUGGUGUAAUUGCUGAUGGAGAUGUUAAGUUGCAGAGGAAAAUACAGGUAAAAAGAGUUCAAAAGUAUGUUGAAACUUUGGAUACUUUGAGGAAUUCAAGUGUGCAUUUUAUACAAAGGAUCAAGUGGACGAAAUCAAAGAGGAGUGGUGUCAAUUUAUGAUAGAGCUCAAUGUUUGUUCAUAAAUUUGUGUAAUUAAUGUGUACAUUUGUAGUAUAUGUAAUGACUUGUAAAUGUGUACAUAAAUUUGUAUAUAUUUUGAUACAUUUAAGGCAAAAUUGGUUUGAAUUGGUAUAUAUA